AUGAGGACGGCGCCGGUCGACCUAGAGACUGCACGUGGGAUCGGAUUUGGGAAAUUUACAGGCCGGGCGGUGGAUACACCGCUGAGGCGCCGCCGGCAGCCGGAAGGCCUCAAGGCUGAGUCUCCCGAGAGCCCCACCUCAGCUUUGCGGGCGAAACGAGCGCCCGUAGAGUUCGAGUCGAACCCAGAAGAAAUGAGUGAGCCCGGGUCUCCUGGGCGUGUGCGGCAACCCGGCCUGGAGUGCCCCCGACGUCAGCCGGAGACAUGCCCCGGAUCACCCAGUCUAGGGCAGGGGGCAGGCCUGGGGUCUCCCCGAAGGGAGCCGGAUCCGAGCUCAGGGUUCCCCCAGGGUCAGCAAGAUCCAGGCCUAGGGUGUCCCCGGAGACAGCCAGAGUCGAGUCCUGAAUCCCCCCAACGUCAGCCAAAGCCAAGUGGGGAGUCGUCAAAGUUCUCCCGGAGCCGAGAAGAACCGGACGUGGAGUUGGCCCAGAGUAAGGAGGAGCUGCAGUCGGGCCCAGGAUCAACAGAGCCUUAUCCUGGUCAGCAAGCGCCGGGUCCGGAGCCCUCACCCCUACCACAGGAGCUAACACCCCUGUCACCUAGCUCCCCCCGGGGUCAGCACGUGGUGAGCAAGCCACCUCCGGCCCAGGAGCUGGUGCGAGACGGCCUCAGGCCAAAGAAGCGUAAAGGAUCUUCAUCCCAGGCCCCAGCGCCCAAGAACUUGAAGGAGGAGGCGGAGGUUUCUAUAAUCCCGAAGGGAAAGCCCAAGUCGGGGCGAGUGUGGAAGGACCGCUCCAAGAAGAGGUUCUCCCAAAUGGUUCAGGACAAGCCCCUGCGCACAUCCUGGCAGCGGAAGAUGAAGGAACGGCAGGAGAGGAAGCUGACCAAGGACUUUGCCCGGCACCUGGAGGAGGAGAAGGAGAGGCGCCGGCAGGAGAAGAAACAGCGCCGAGCUGAGAACCUGAGACGCCGCCUGGAGAACGAGCGCAAGGCAGAGAUAGUCCAAGUGAUCCGAAACCCCGCCAAGCUCAAGCGGGCAAAGAAGAAGCAGCUGCGCUCCAUCCAGAAGCGGGACACCCUGGCCCUGCUGCAGAAGCAACCGCCCCAGCAGCCGGCAGCCAAGGUCUGAGCUCAGAACAGCCCGGAGUCCUGUAACCAACCACCAGUCAGACACGGCACCUCUGGCCACUGGUCACACUUCUGCUGGGCCCGGCACUCCAGCUCUGGCUCCAAAACAGGGACCCCGCUCCAGAUGGGGCUCAGCCUUUGUGGGCUCUUAGGCAGGUCUUUGUGAGACAGAGGCCCAGAGGGAGCCUGGGACCAGGCAGAGAUUAGGGGCUAGGGCAAGAGAAAAGGUUCAGCUCCCUCCUCUCUCUUUGCCCCUCCUUCUCCAAGUGCCUUCAAAUGGAGGAGAGUAAGUUCUUCUGUCCUCCGAGAGCUGGUGACCAAAGGGCGAAUCCCCCAGGUGUGUAUGUUCUGUCUCUAGGUCCUGGGUCCAUCCCAGACCAGGAGGCCAGCAGCCAGGAAUGCAGCUUUCCCAUACCUCCCCAAAGGCUGCUUUGGGUACCUCUGCACCCCACUGACCCCCACUGAGUCCAGCCCCACCCACUUUUCAACACGGAAAGGUGAAAGUGGGAGGUUGCAGGGAGCGGGGUUGCUCUCUAGCCCUCUGUCCUAUACCAUCCUCCGCAGCAGCCCCAAAGAUCUGAUGAACUUGUGCCCAUCCAGUUUGCAACAAAAGUAUUUAUUGAGUAGCUGCUGUGUACAGGCACCAUCCUAGGUACCAGGGAUGCAGACAGAAGUCCCUGCUCUCGAGGAC